CGUCAUCAGAACACAUAAACAGAAGUACAGAACACAUAAAAGCCGUCACACUGAAGCCUCAGCCUCGAUCAGUUUGCUCAGCCUUAAUGACUUCUGUCACACACUCCCUUCCCGCCAUACCCACAUCAUCACUCUCACUUCAAUCUCUCGGUUCACGAUCCAAGCCCAAUCCCGAACUCAGACCCAAACCCAGUCCCUUUCCCUCCCAUAUAUAUACACUAAACAAAACUUCCCUCCGGCCUUUGACUUCUCCCCACAACCGCCGCUGAAGGGUCACUUCACAGCUCCGGCACCCUAUCAUCUCUCCGGACGACCACUGGGGAAUAUGGACCACCCUCUUCGCCACCGGCGCUUUCGGCCUGUGGUCGGAGAAGACCAAGAUUGGUGGGAUGGUGAGUGACUGAGUGCUGCUCUGGUGAGCACUUUAGUUGGGCUUGCAGCUAGUAAUGUUUAUAAAAAUUUAAUAAGUAAUCGAUUGGAAUAAAGUGGGAAUUAUAUAUGGAUCAUAGCCAAUGAAUAAAGCUGAGAGAGUCCACUCCCAAGUAAACCACUUUCAAUUUUCAAUCUUUUUCUCUCUAUAGUGAAUCGCCGGCGAUGACCAUGGCAUCUAAGCUCUCCGUUUUUCCCGGCUCACGGCCAUCGUUGCCGGCAGAGUUGCAACGGUCAAGUUUCUCUUCCAGCCAAAACCUGAGUUUCGGUCCUUCACGCGCCACCGCCGGUGGCAGCUCAUUUCCGUUGAAGAACACAAGGCGGCAGAGCUUUCUCUCAACUCCGGCUCCGCCUAAAUCCGACCGAUCUGUUACGGCGAAGUUCCAGCUCCAAACCCCUCUCAUUUCUCCUCAUGAUCAAUGGGGCAACUGGACCGUACUCUUCGCCACCGGCGCUUUUGGUAUCUGGUCGGAGAAGAACACCAACAUUGGGGGUGCAUUGAGUGGCGCGUUGGUGAGCACAUUGAUUGGACUUGCGGUGAGCAAUUUGGGAGUUAUUUCGUCGAAUGCACCAGCGUUAUCGAUUGUGUUGGAGUUUCUGCUCCCUCUGGCUGUGCCAUUGCUGUUGUACAGGGCGGACUUGCGCCGUGUGAUCAAAUCAACCGGGCCUCUGCUCUUGGCCUUCUUGCUAGGAUCAGUUGCGACGACAGUUGGAACAGUGGUGGCAUAUCUAUUGGUGCCGAUGCGAGCACUUGGGCCAGAUAGUUGGAAAAUAGCAGCUGCACUCAUGGGAAGACACAUCGGUGGAUGUAAUUUUUGCAGUUGGAUUCAUGUAGCUUUCAAUUACGUUGCCAUAGCCGAUGCUCUUGGGGUUUCUCCGUCAAUUUUAGCUGCUGGACUAGCCGCAGAUAAUGUCAUUAAUGCUGUAUACUUUUCAACAUUGUUUGCAUUGGCUUCAAGAGUACCUGCAGAGGCUCCAACAUUUGAUACUGGCAUUGCAAUGGACGCAGAGUCCGACUCUGGAAACAAACUUCCUCUGGUACAAACUGCUACAGCCCUUGCCGUGUCCUUAGCCAUCUGCAAGAGUGGCUAUUAUCUCACAAAAUACUUUCGAAUUCAAGGAGGUAUCCUGCCAGCCGUAACAGCCAUUGUGGUUGUUCUUGCGACUGUAUUUCCAAAACAGUUUGCAUAUCUUGCACCAUCUGGUGAGGCUAUGGCCAUGAUCCUAAUGCAGGUAUUUUUCACGGUGGUGGGAGCAAGUGGGAGCAUUUGGAGUGUGAUCAACACUGCUCCUAGUAUCUUCCUCUUUGCUUUAGUCCAGAUUGCCGUCCAUCUUGCUAUGAUUCUUGGAUUGGGAAAGCUAUUGGGAUUUGACCUCAAGUUGUUGCUUAUAGCAUCAAAUGCCAAUAUUGGAGGCCCAACAACAGCUUGUGGAAUGGCCACAACCAAAGAAUGGCAUUCUAUGAUUGUCCCUGGUAUUCUUGCAGGCAUCUUCGGCAUUUCCAUUGCAACUUUCCUCGGCAUUGGAUUUGGGGUUGCCGUUCUAAAAGCCAUGUAAUUUUCCAUCUGAAGAUUAGCAGAAAUGGUUCAAACCAAUAGCUUUUCUGUACCAAGAGUAGCAGAAGAUAAGUACAUAGAAUACCCAUUUGUACUAGUUUAGAACAGGGAUAAUUUGAAUGCAAGUCACCACUACACAUUUGAUGUCUGGCAUGAAAUUCCUCAUU